UCCUUCCCUCUGAAGCUUGGAUCAGAUAUAAUUUCAGUCUAUUGUCACGUGACGAGUCUUGGUCCGUGUGGAGACGGUGGUUGGACGCUGGUUAUGAAGAUCAAUGGAUCUAAGAACACCUUCCAUUAUGACUCUGAGAUCUGGAGCAAUGAGACCGGAUUGAACAUUCAUGGGGGGAUGACAGGGUUUGAUGAGCAAGAGACUAAGCUACCGACUUACUGGAAGACAAACUUUACCAAGAUCUGCCUUGGUAUGAAAAAUGGCGAAGAAUUAAAAUUUAUCUUGAUUAACAAGACGGCUGAAUCUUUGCACUCAUUAAUUGGUGACGGGGAAUAUCGUAAUACGUCGCUUGGUCGUGAUGCAUGGAAGUCGCUUCUUGGUUCCAACGGCUCCUUACAACUGAAUUGCAAUAAAGAAGGGUUUAAUGCACGCACACCGUCUGCUGUGCGCCCAAGGGCAAGAAUUGGCAUCCUUGGUAACGACCAAAAUGACUGCAAUAGCUGUGAUUCAAGAAUCGGUUUUGGUACUGCCCCGGGUUCCAACACCUGUGGAAAUGUGGCAGCAUUGCAAGCAGACAAUGGUGACAAAAAUGUCAUAGCCAUGGGAUAUAUAUUUGUUCAGUAA